AUAAACGAUGUAAACAAACAUCAUACACAUCGUUCAAGCAAGUAUGAUGAGUCACCUGUAGGGUUGUUACAAUUUUUUUUCUGUUUUUGAAUCAAUAACAAUAAAAAAUACCAAUGGACAAGACCGUCGACUUUCAGCACUACUAUCUGGAACUGUCGGCAGAACCGGUGAGGUUCGACGCCGUCAGUCAGCUGACUAAUGUGUUCUUUGACGACGCAAAACAGCAGGUCUUUGCGGUCCGUUCUGGUGGAGCGACCGGGAUCGUGGUGAAAAGUGCUACCGAUGCUCAGAACUUAUCCUUCUGCAUGGAGGAUCGUGGCACCAUCCGAUCAAUCAAGUUCUCCUCGGAUAACCAGGUGUUGGCUAUCCAGCGUAAUGAAACUUCGGUGGAGUUUGUUCCCUUCAACGCUAACCAUCAGCCGAAUGUGCAGGAAAUGCUGAUCCAUCAAGGAAAGAACAUCAUCUACGGCUUUGUGUGGGUACAGGAGCGUCAGGUUGCGCUCAUUUCCAACGCCGGAGUGGAGAUUUUCCAACCGAAUUUCGAGAAACGGGUUUUAAAGUCGAUCAAAUCGCUGAACAUAACGGUUAAUUGGUUCAGUUUUUGUCCCACCUCUAACUUUGCUUUGCUGUCUUCGAAUAUGGGAACGAUUCUGACACCGCUUAUGUUAAAACCAUCGACAAUAACUAAGCUACCGCGGUUGGAACUGGGAACCGGUCAGGGUUGUUCAGGACGAGACGUUACCCUGGCGCAGUUGUACGGGACAAAUGCUAUUUUGAUCUUGAAACAGUUGCAGAAUCGUCAGUUUGAAAUUGUUAUCUAUUUGCUGAAUGGGCCGGGAUUAGCUCCGAAGAAGUCCCACAUAUUACGCUUGGGUCAAAACGGUCGUUUCGCAAUGAAUAUAGUCGAUGAUGUAGUGGUGGUUCACCAUCAGGCCACUUCCACUUCGAUGCUGUUUGACAUCGCGCUAGGGGGAGCUGAAGUUGAACCCGGUUCCGGUGCAGUUAUUCAUCAGCCAAUCAUUCCGGCUAAGCCAAUCAAACCGUUCGCACUGGAAGUGCCAAGUAUUUCGCUGGACGGGAAAACUAUUAAUUGUGAUCUUUACUCUCAACACUGGGUUCUGUUCCAGCCGAAUAUUGUAAUUGAUGCAAAACUUGGUUGCAUGUGGUUUGUUCUACUGAAGCUGAACUCCCUGUGUACUCUGAUCACAGAUCGCCUACGGUUGGUAGAAUUUCUGCUGCAGCGGACUGAUGGAAAGCUUGUUUUACUCCGUGUGUUAAAAGAAAUGAUGAGCACCAAUUAUAGUGGAACUAUGCUGCCGAUAAUCGAGAGUGUCUUCAACAAACUAAAUUCUCUGUACAAAAGUGUUUUGGAUAGUGAACUCCAGAGCCAAAUGGCACUGAUGAGUCUGUCCAGCAAAGCACAGUCCAACAAAUCAUCGUUGGCUCCGCGAGUCGUUAUUGACCAAUCGGACAUGUAUACCGGAGUAUUUGCUACCAUAACCGACACGGAACAGCUUGGAAAGAUCCUUCUGCUCUAUCUUCACUCUUUGGUACGCCACGGAAUCUCCGCAAACCACGAACUGAGCAAGCAGAUCAUCAUCGAUCUGGUCAAGAACAAACAGUUUGAUACGUUGCAGCAGUUGUUGAAGUACUCGGCCCUCAACGAAUCAAAGCCACUGGCGUGUUUUCUGCUAUCCCUUUCCAACUCGGACCCCUCCAUCUCUCAGAUGGCCCUGGAUAUGCUGUCUCGAUUGAAUGCCAGCGAAAUCAUUUUGGAAGUCCUGCUGGAAAAGGGUCAAGUAAUUGAAGCGCUGCGAAUCGCUAAGCAGCUGCCCGGUGCGGAUUCACUCCCAGCAAGAAAGUAUCUGGAAGCAGCCAGCAAAACAAAAGAUCCACUAGUGUUUCACUCGGUGUACAACUUUUUCCAGGCGAAGAACGUGAGACUGCGUGGGUCGCCGGACUUUUUGAAGCAUGAACAAUGCACCGAAUAUGUGCAGCACUACCAGAUGUUGAUUAACAGCGAGUGUUUAUGAGAUGUAUAUUAUUCUAUUGUUUUCUGAAAAUGGAUGUAUUCCUUGUGAUAUUUCAUGAUGAUGCAUGGAAGGGUUCCGAGUAAAGUGUUAUUCUUAUAGUCUGGCUAUCUAACGACUAUAUCGUGAAGUUGUAUAUGGGGCCCUAUUCUCACAGUAACGUCACGUAGUGACUAGAGCAAAAUUUUCUUCUAGUCACUGGGUGACGUGACUGUGAGAAUAGGGCCAUGAUUGGCUAGCAUAGAAGAGCAUAGAUCAUCAUAAAGAAAAUUAAUCAAUAUACGAAAGCAUUAAGCAUGAA